AUGCACAGUGAAUUGUGUGAUUUGUGGUCUGAAGUACUUAAUUUUUAUGGAGUUCCUGUCUUAAUAACAAUUUAUCAGUUUUGUGGAACCUGUAUAAAUACUUCGUAUUUGAUUUGGAUUACAACUCGCCUUAUACGUUUAUCACUAACCCGUCGCAAAUUUCCUAUUUGGCGGCAAGCUUCAAAGAUUAUCUCCAAGAUUUUUAGAAUUCAUGGAACCACUAUAUUCUCACAUCUUUUCUUAAUUUUUGGAUUAUUUGUUUUGACCAACCCUGUCACGAAAACAAUCGAUGAGAGUAAGAAAACGACACGUAACAUUCAUAUUCUUCAAAAUAAAUGCAUAAUGGACGAAAAAAAUUAUGAAAAACUGUGUGAUUUUUCAUGGAGCUUAUUGCACCGACAAUUGGAAUGUUGCGCUUGUAAUUUCAUAAAAAUAGAUGUUACUUUGUUUCUUUUUUUGUUGGAUACGAUUGUGCAGUAUACAUUAGUGUUGAUUGGAUUCCGAUUAAUUUGGUAUUCUAAUCUUUAA